CAGUCUGCUCUUUUUUCGCAGUGAAUCAUGGGAUUUAAGGCCGAUACUCCAUAGAUAUCUAUGGUCUUGCUCUUCGGUAGUUUUACACGUUUGUCUGCUGUUAACUUGGGAGUUCGUAAACAAAUGACAUCCUCAAACUAUGUUGAAAAGUUGGUUAAAUGUAUUGCAAACCCGGUGGAAUUCGUACAAAUAUAGAUUUGUUCCGUGGAUAGCUGUAAACAUCUGUAAAAACGAGAGAACUCUCCGGCAGGUUCCAUUGUGCUCCCUGGAUAAACUGGUUUCAGAUGAGGAGGUUCUACGCAGCAUUACCAAGCUGUUCAGAGCCCUCUUCAGCAGUAACCUGGGUGGCCAAAGGGAUCUCCUGCGGAUGCUUUCCUCAUCAUCCCAGACUAACUAUCAGGCUGCUGUUGGGGAAGAGGGCCCCUCAGACCCAGGCAGAGUCAUGUUUGACACGAUGGGCUUUGCGAUUGAACGGAGGCCUAGUUCUCUCCAGUCUGCAGGGACAGGUGUGUUCGUUGUCAUGGGAACAGUACCGAAAGGAACCACAGUGGCCAUGUACCCAGGCACUGUUUAUCAGAAAUAUGAGCCUAUCUUCUUCCAGUCGAUCUGCAAUCCAUUUAUAUUCAGAUGUAUUGAUGGUGUUUUAAUUGAUGGCAAUGACAAAGGAAUUUCCAAAGCUGUAUACAGGUCAUGCAGUGGUAGGGACAGGCUAGGACCUGUUAAGUUCAGUGACACCACGUGGCUGACUGAUGAACCUUACAACCCCCUGGCAGUGGGUCAAUAUGUGAAUAAUUGCUCAAAUGACAAAGCUGCUAACGUGUGCUAUCAGGAAUUUGAUGUGCCUACAGGAUUUCCUAUAGAACUCUGCCAGUAUCUUCCCAACGUAAAUUAUAGAAUGGACAUGCCAAGUGAGAGUGAGCGAGAGAUCCAUCCAUCAUCUGCUGCCUAUCUGCGGCGGGGUCGUGAGGAUGCCUGUCUAAGCAGUGAUGCCCAGACCUCCCUCUCACCAGAAGACUCCUCCAGGGAAAUACCAAGGUGUUCCCAGGCCAUUUGAGAAAUAUAAUCUCUUGAGCAUGUCCUACGUCUACCCCUGCAGUCUCCACCCGGUUGGACAUUCCUGAAACACCUUCCCAGGGAGACAUCCUAUAUAAAGGCGUGUACCACCUCAGCUGUUUCCUUAUGUUGUGGAGGCGUGGUGACUCCACGCCGAGCUCAUCACCCUAUCUCUAAAGUUAAGCCCGGACACUCUGGAAAUCCAUUUCUGUAUCCAUGAUCUCAUGCUUUCAGUCACUACCUAAAGCUUGUGACCACAGGUGAGGGGAGGAACGUAGAUUGACUGAUAAACCAAUAGCUUUGCUUUCCAGCCCAACUCUGAUUUUAUCACAACAGAAAAGUAAAGCAUCCGCAUUACUGAUGGCGCUGCAAUGAUCCGCUCGUCUCCUGUUACCUUGGUACUUUUCAUGCUCCCCGGUCGCCCAGAGGAGGAUGGGGUGCUCUUCUCCACUGUAACCUCAGUCUUGCUUGGUGGGGUUCUGGCCGGUUAAAUGUAAAGUGCUUUGUGACAAUGACUGUUGUUAAAAGCGCUAUAUAAGUAAAAUUGAAUUGAAUUCUUCCCUCACUAGUGAACAAGACCCUGAGAUGCUUAAAUUCCUCUGCUUGAGGAGCUAACUCAUCCCCCCACCAUGACAGAGAAAUCCACCCUUUUCUGGUCGAGAACCAUGAUCUCAGAUUUUAGGCGCUGAUCCUCAUCCUGGCCACUUCACACUCAGCUGCAAACAACCCCCCGUACAUGCUUCAAAGGAAAGGCCUUUCAGCCCAAGUUUCAGACCUACACAUCACGACAAGGACUUAGACCAUUCAGGUAAAAACAUGUUUACUAACGUUCACAUUUCCAGGUGAUCCAUCCAGUACAAGGGGUGGAACAAGAUUAGAUUUGAUGGCCGAAACAAGUGAAAGGGCUGUCUGAGGAAUACAGUGCUGUCAUUUCUGACAGCCCCUUAUCUAAGUUUUAGUACCGUCAUACCAUCCGUACAUUUUACCAUGAUAUAUGGUACUCUCAACAGGAUGGUUAUUUUGCAGUCUAGUUCCGGUAUUUUGAAAUCUUGGCAAUAAAAUUUGCUGGGUGGGGGGUCCUCAUGAUUAGAUUUGCUGCACAGAGAUCAAUGAAGAAGUUUUUUUUUCUGCAUGUGCCUUCUGAGCCAGUGAUAAUCAUUUUUGUCCUUUUUGUUGGACUCGCAUAAUUUCACUGCACAUUGGUCUGAGCGUAUACUGUUAAUUGUGUUAAUGACAAAAAAGUUUUUGAUCUGUCCUGAUUUCAUUUGAACUACUACACUCUUUUGUGUCCCCUCCCAGGCCAUUAAGAUGCGUUGUUCUUGUGGCACUGAGAGCCAUUCACUCAGGAGAGGAACUUUUCUCUAACUAUUAUACAGUUGUACACUAGGCCAUGCUUUACUGCUUCUGUGGUUAAUACUAUUGUAAUGUUAUUAUAAUAAUUAUCAUGGUCAUAGAUUAUUUCCAUUUUUCCAAAGCAAUGACUUAAAAAUGAUAAAAUAAAAACGACUUAUGUACUA